GAGCAUGACUAGACUGCCUGCUUCCCCUCCCCUCUCUUUGCUCUCUGGCAAAUGCAGCCUGGCUGUGUAACAGCGUGAGCAGCGUCACUAGUCUCUCAGGGGACAGAAGACCACAAAAACCAUGCUGCAGUGAGAUUGUUGCAGUCAUGAACUCCACUGACACUCAGAAGGGGAAAGUAGCCAUUGUUGGAGGUGGUCUGGUGGGUGCUUUAAAUGUCUGUUUCUUUGCAAGAAGAGGGUUCCAAGUUGAUAUGUAUGAAGCCAGAGAAGAUAUCCGCGUCGCCAGAGCUGCUCGGGGCAGGAGCAUUAACUUGGCGCUGUCUCACAGAGGACGCCAAGCCCUCAAGGCCAUUGGGAUGGAAGAGCAGAUUGUGGCCAAAGGCAUCCCCAUGCGGGCCAGGAGGAUACACACGCCCUCGGGAAAAACAUAUUCCAUCCCCUAUGGAACAAAGAGCCAGUACAUUCUCUCUGUGGACAGAGCAAAUUUAAACAAAGAGCUGCUAACAGCUGCUGAGAAGUACCCCAACGCUAAGUUGUACUUUGGACACAAGCUGCUCCGCUGCCACAUUGAAUCAGGGCUAUUAACCUUACAAGGACCUGACCAAACACCCAUGGAAGUCACCUGUGACCUCAUUGUGGGAUGUGAUGGAGCCUUUUCUACAGUCAGAAAGCCGUUCAUGCGGCAAACAUGCUUUAACUACAGCCAUGUGUACAUUCCUCAUGGGUACAUGGAGUUGACCAUCCCACCCAAGGAUGGGGACUUUGCCAUGGAAGAGAAUUACCUUCACAUCUGGCCCAGGAACACCUUCAUGAUGAUUGCGCUGCCUAACCUGGAUAAGUCGUUCACCUGCACGCUCUUCAUGCCCUUCGAGGAUUUUGAACGGCUCACGACAGGUGAUCAAGUGCUGGAUUUCUUCCAAACCUACUUCCCGGAUUCAAUUCCCCUCAUAGGAGCGCAAGAGCUGCAGCGUGAUUACUUUUUGCUGCCACCCCAGGCCAUGAUCUCUGUGAAGUGCUCUUCAUACCACGUCACCUCCCGGUGUGUGCUGAUGGGAGACGCCGCCCACGCCAUGGUACCAUUCUAUGGGCAAGGCAUGAACGCUGGAUUUGAAGACUGCCUGGUCUUCGAUGAGUUAAUGGACCAAUUCCACAAUGAUCUCAGUGCCUGCCUGCCCAAGUUCUCCCAGCUGCGAGUGCCCGACGACCAUGCCAUUUCCGAUCUAGCCAUGUACAACUACAUAGAGAUGCGCGCACAUGUUAAUUCCAAGUGGUUCAUUUUCCGCAAGUACGUGGACAACUUUCUUCACCGGCUCAUGCCCUCCACCGUUAUCCCGUUAUACACAAUGGUCACGUUCACUAGAAUCCGCUACCAUGAGGCGCUGCAGCGCUGGAAAUGGCAGAACAAGGUGAUUAAUAAAGGACUCUUCAUAAUCGGGGCAGCAGCAGGCCUGGGUGGCAGCUACCUGCUCAUAAAGUGGGCAUCCCGUAAGUCAGACUCCUGCACAGAAAAGCUGUGGAGCUGGAUACUUCGCCUCAAGGAAACUGGAAGUGUCCCACCGGGAACACGACUGGCAUAAACGCCAGGGGAGCGGUGGAGGGGACACCUGGCAAAGGCCUAGGCUGCAAACUCAGAGAGGCGACUAGUGGGAGGGACACAAAGGGGGCACCAGCUAAAGGGGGGCACGUAACCUCCCCAAAUGACUCCCACAAGUGACUCGUCCCUGCUCCCCACAUGAUCCCCCCAUAUGACUCGUCCCUGCCUUACCCCCAGCCCAGAGGCCCUGCAAUCUCCCCAUCUCCUCCCAUCCCACGUUACCUGGCAGGGAGGGGGACUCUGCUCCAGUCCCCCUGGCAUGUGUGGAGCCACUAACGCACUCUCCCAGGGGCAGCCUCCGGCCACGCUGCCUGCCGGGGACACGGCCCGUGGUGCGGCACACAGCGGCUGCUCUCCCAGGGGCAGCCUCCGGCCACGCUGCCUGCCGGGGACACUGCCCGUGGUGCGGCACACAGCGGCUGCUCUCCCGGGGCAGCCUCCGGCCACGCUGCCUGCCGGGGACACUGCCCGUGGUGCAGCACACAGCGGCUGCUCUCUGUGGGCUGUCCCACACCAGGCAGCGUGGCUGGAAGAGGAGGCUGGAAGAGGAGAGGCUCUGGCCCUGCCUCUUCCCUUCCAGCUCUGGCCCUGCCCCUUCAUCUCCCCGGCUGCCGGUCUUGCCCCCCUCCCCAGAGUUUUGGGGAGGGUCAUGUGACCCUUCUCCCUCACCCACGAGUCGCCAUAGGCUGUGCAGAGUGCUUUGAGAUCCUUCCAAGGCGCCACACAUUGGUACUUGUCUGAUGAGAGCUGCCUUGCCGCUUUGAAAUGCGGCUGCACCUCACAACCUGCAUCCCUGCUUCCUAGCCACUCGCUAGCCCGGUGCUCCCCUCCUGGGCCUGAACACUGCCGCUGGGUUGGCCUCUGGGGAGUUGCUUGUCACCCACCAGCCUGUUGAUUUCGGGCUGAAGCCGAGAUUUCGCCAGGGGUCCCCGUUGGCUGUGUUUGUAACCACGAAGCGGGAGCCAUGCUUGUUAUUUUGAAGCUGAAAACGCUGGUCGACAAGUGUGGACAGUUCCACAGCAUCUGUGCCUGGAGCAAAUGGACCAAGUGUCAGGAAGUCGCUGUCUGGCAGGAUGUUCCCAAAUGAACCUCAUCAGACUUGGACUUCAGUGCAGUCACGCUCACUGCAAGCCAUGUGUCUCCACGGGGAGGCUGCUGGCCACUCGGGAUGGGACCAAACUCCCAUUAGGACUUUCUGCAGAGAAAGCUCCUCCAUGGUUUUCAAACGGGCGCUUACCGGGUCUCCUGGUAAGAUUGAAAGGCAGUCUGCAGGGAGGCAGCUCCCUGAUCAGAGAUCACUGUUGCUGAAACAGUUCAGUUCUGGUUCCCUCUGGAAAGUUUUACUGCUAUUGAGUUUGUUCAGGACUCAAGGAUUUCCCUGCAACCCCAUCCCUCUGUUUGGAAGGAGGAGCGCUAGGAUACACCCACCUAGGGUUCGCCUUGAUUCAGCAAGAGCCUUGGGCAUGUGGCUAACUCUAGGCAAAGUGGAGAGCCCCACUGAGUUCAGUGGGGUUACUCGUGUGCCUAAAGCCAGACACUGGCUGAAAUGAGGCCUAAGCGCUCAUGUAACACAAGGGAUUUUUAAUCCGUGAACUCCUGUUAUUUUGUCAUCCUUGUCUACCCAAAUAAAAGCUGUUUGAAACCAAAA